AUGUCUACUACAACAAAAUCCUUUAAUGUAUUUCCACCCCUAUACGAUUUUGAUGAUUACGAUGCUUGUCUCAAUAGUGAAACUUCAAAAUUCGAAACAACCUACUGUAUGAUUUAUGCCGAAAUAAAACCACAAAAUUCCUCAAAUUUAUGGAGGCAAAUCUCCAAACAUACGGACGAAUAUAAAUUCCAUUACAGGCGUGAUCGUCUGUUCUUUGGAGUUUGCAUGGAACGUUGUAAAAACUUUCCAAAAAUACUGGAUAAUUUGCCAUACAACAAUGAUAGUAAAGUAAUCAAUAAGAUAACACAAUUUUUUGAUGUGGUUCACAAACGUCCCCUUGAUCUUCAAAUGCGCUCUGAAUAUCAUGAAUUAGUUCAUAAUUGCUUGAAUUCACAAUUCCAAGAGAAAUUUGGCUUAAACUUAAGAACAUACAUUGAGUAUUGUGAGCGACCCAAGGAAACUAUUGAAAAAGAUGGUCCCGAAAAAGUACUUUACAAGUUUUUACAAAUAAUUAUAAUUUUAAAUAUCUUGUCAACUCUUUACGACUCCUGUUUAAAAAGAAGACAGCCAGCAGAGCUACAGAAUGCGGAUUAUUACAAAGUAACUCCCCAACAACCUGUUUCCACCCUCUUAACGGCAUUUUCAAUACGCCGCAACUAUUAUCGUCUCGUUGAACCCCCCACCAGCCAAUUGGCAUGUUAA